AUGAAUUUGACAACUAUUUGUGGUAAUAAUGGACGGACUUAUUAUGCAAUGUGCGAUAUCAAACGUGCUAUUUGUAAUGGUGAACCAGUCAAGAAGCUUUAUGAUGGGCCAUGUUCUGAUGCAGAACGCUGUUCAUUGGCUAGAGCAUUUUGGCAGGAUAUUGCUAAAAAACAAGGCGGUGAUGUGUUUGUACCAGAAUGUAAUCAUACUGACGGAACCUACUUGUCAACUCAGUGCUUUAAAAAGAUGGGCUAUUGCUGGUGCGUCGACCGAUAUGGUCGUCCAAUUCCCGGAACCUCAACUAAGUACUCUCAACCAUCCUGUCAACAUGGCUCAGAAAGAAUUAGUAUUAAAGUUGGUCGACGCUCACAUCGUGUAAACGGUACUGAAGUUGAGGGAAUCACAGAGAUUACAAAAGGGAAAGGUUGUACUGCUGUUGAUCGUUCCAGCUUUAACAACAAGCUAUAUAAAAUGUUUGAAGAAGAGUUUGAUAAAACGACGGUAAAUUCUUAUGAGCGACCCAAUCCUUUGGGAGUGAUGAAAAACAAAUUUGAAGAAUUUGAUCUCGAUAAGAAUAGUCUUUUAAGCAAGGCAGAAGUAAAAAAAAUGAAGAAAAAACUUCGGCAGAAGAUGGCUUUACCAAGACCAUGUCUUCGAAGGCUGUUCCGGAACUGUGACUUCAACUGCAACGGUACAAUUGAAAUAAGCGAAUGGAUUCAGUGUUUGGGUGUUAACAUAUCUAGUAGGUUCUAA